AUGGGCCUCCUCAACACCCUAGCCCUAGCAACGCUCAUCGCCCUAAUAUCCUUCCUAUCAGCCCCAAUAUCCCACAUCAUCCGCGUCGGAGGCGUCUUCCACACUCCAAUCCCAACAAUCCUACCCGACGGCCACGGGCCAAUCUAUAUCGAGGAUACAAUCCACUGCGAGGAUGUUCACCACUACAAACCGGCCAAUGUGCUCUUUACUGCCUGUGAGGAUUAUAAAACCACGCGGUUUAGUUGGUUUCCCCCGUUGGGGAAUUUGAUCCCGCCAACUACUAGGGGUUCUGUGCAUGUUGUUGAUCCCGAGACAAUGAAAUCCACCCGGUUGGAAUUUACGAAUUUCCAAGGUCCCUUCGUGACGCAUGGAAUUGACGUGAUCCAAGAUGAGAAGUCUGAUGGCGAGGCAGUCUACAUCUUCGCCGUAAACCACCUGCCCAACCCGGUUUACUUCCACGCCAACACCUCCAUCCCAGCAGGAACUCACAAAGCAGCCUCCCAAAUCGAACUUUUCCAUCAUGUCCUGGGCACACGUACCCUCCAACACAUCCGCGCAAUCCACCACCCACUCAUCGAAACGCCAAAUGAUAUCUAUGCCGAGUCUGCCUCUUCCUUCUAUGUCACGAAUGAUCAUUUCUAUCGCGAGGGUGCGAUGCGGCAUGUGGAGGAUGUGUGGCCUUCUGCGAAAUGGUCUAGUAUCAUCCAUGUUCGACUCCCCGUCGAGAUCCACGAGGGUAGGGAGGUUGAGGCAUCGGUUGCGUCGACGGGGCUGUGGAAUAAUAAUGGUCUUGGACAUGGUCGGACGGCCGAUGAGAUGAUCAUUUCCAGCGCUGUUGGUGGUGAAUUGUUUAUGUCGACAUUGAAGCGGGACUCGGAUUGGAACUUGAACGCGACUGCCAGCAGCCAUUCUACUCCAGGCUCUGUUUCGAUUUCGGAAUCUGUGUCGUUCGGCACCGUCACUGACAACCCCAGUUAUUAUGUUGAUCCGUAUGCUACUGCCGAUGAUGAUGUGAGUGGGGUUGUAGUUGCGGGUGUUUCGAGGGCGAUCAAGUUGCCUGUUACUUCGAAGGAUCCUGAGGGGGUGGAUCCUGUGCAGGUCUGGUAUGCUCGUCCUACUGGCAAUGAAUGGGAGAAGAGGCUUUUGUUUGAGGAUGAUGGGUUGAGGAUCCGGACGGCUAGUGCGGCUGUUCUUGUUCCUGUGGAGCCGAACGGUGAUGGGGUGAAGAGGGCUUGGCUUUUUGUUACUGGAUUUAUGUCGGAGGGGAUGCUGGCUGUGCAGGUUGAGUUGUAG